UAUACUUCGCACUCUAAAUCUUCAACUAAAUUAAACUUUAAGCUCACUACUUUUUGUCACUAGACUCUAAAAUCUAGAUUUAAUAGAAAACUGAUUUAAAGAGAAAAAAAAAAAGAUUUUACCCCUUAAAGUAAUUAGGUCUAAUAGAUAUUUAUAGAUCUAGCCCCUAGGCAUAAGAUAAGUAGUCCCACAGCGUAAUGAAGACUAACUAAAAUUGCCAGAAGUAAUCUUAAUUAAUUGACUUAAAAGUGCUGGAUUGAUUCCUGAAUUAACAUGUGACAUGUUAUUUGUUAAUCUGAUACUACACUGUAGAUAGAUCUAGACUCUACUUAUUUCCACCCCAGACUCUAGCCCCUAGGCUCUUGCCUACUUGGCUACAUUCAAAAGUCCUAAUGUCUGUGGUUUGUCAAAUAAAAGAUGCAGCAUUGCUUGAUCAUUGUGGCAUCACUGAGAAAUGGUUUCACUUGAGAAAUGAGAUAAGUUCAAGAGAAAAUCAGUUUGAGAAAAUUUUAUCUCAAACAGGGGAUAUUGUCAAUACUUCAAAACAUGAAGAUUGUUCAAGUUUGUCGCAGACUGGAAAUGUAAAUAACUACAGAAUGAAAAGUGAUUUAUUUGCAAUUGAAUUUCCCUUUAUGAUGGACAGUCAAGUGAAGAGACUCUCUUCAAGUCAAGCCUCACAUGAUAAGAUUUUUUUAAAAGAAAGUUCAGCAGAUAGAAAGAGGAAAAGAAAGAAACAGAGAAGGAUCAACACAAAUGCCGAUGUAAAGUUUAUUUCAGAUUUGAAAACAUCUUUGUCAGAUUUGAUAACUCUUUCUCGAAAUGAAAGUUAUCUCACUCAAGACACAGAACCCUAUCAAAGAAAUGAUUUGGCUAAAUCAGCAUCUCAGAUUCAUGGAUGUGGAGAUUUAUUUCAACUUCUGUGUGAAAACUUAGACAUGCAUUUAAAUACCGGUAGUCAUUAUAAUGAAACUGUACCACAUGACCUCAACCUGGGUGACCAGUUUCACUAUAGUGCAAAGAGUUUGGUUGGGGUUUGUGUGCGAAAUGAAGAUUGUAAACUUGUCAAAGUUGGGCAUGAUGAGUUUCUUAUACCUAAAAGAUGUUCUUUUUUGACAUCUAGUUUUGACUACUUUAUCUCUAGAGGCUAUCAACAAAUGAUAACUUCACAAGGCUUUGAUCUACUUGUCAUUGAUCCUCCAUGGCCAAAUAAAUCUGUUAAAAGGAAGAAAAGUUAUGCUACUUUCAAUGAACUAAAUCUCAAGUCAUUACCAGUUCACCAGCUGGGCAAAGAUGGCGGUUUGAUUUGUAUCUGGGUAACAAAUAAAGAACAGCUGAUCAACUUUGUGAAAGAUGAACUCUUCCCUCAUUGGUGUGUCGAAUGGAUUGCUGAUUGGUUUUGGAUGAAGGUGACAAAGAGUGGUGUGCCUGUUUGUGAUAUAAAUUCUUCGCACAAGAAGCCUUAUGAGCAAUUAAUUAUUGGCAGGUGUAAUUUAUCAGCUGGACAAGUUGUGACUAGGAUUCAUAAGACAUUGAAUAACCAACUUGUUGAGAAACAAAGAGAGAAAGAAAUGUCACCAGCAAGGCUCCCACAGAAUUUUCUGAUAGUUUCUGUACCUUGUUCACUGCAUUCCAAAAAGCCGCCACUUUCAGAUGUGUUUUCACCAUACUUACCUCCAAAUCCAAACUGCAUUGAAUUGUUUGCCAGGAAUUUAGUGCCAGAAUGGUCAAGUUGGGGAAAUGAGCCUUUACGACAUCAGCAUUCAGACUACUUUGAACCUGUCUUGGAAUAGUUUGUCACUCUGUGGAGAAUGUCUUGGAAUAGUUUGUCACUCUGUGGAGAAUGUCUUGGAAUAGUUUGUCACUCUGUGGAGAAUGUCUUGGAAUAGUUUGUCACUCUGUGGAGAAUGUCUUGGAAUAGUUUGUCACUCUGUGGAGAAUGUCUUGGAAUAGUUUGUCACUCUGUGGAGAAUGUCUUGGAAUAGUUUGUCACUCUGUGGAGAAUGUCUUGGAAUAGUUUGUUACUCUGUGGAGAAUGUCUUGGAAUAGUUUGUCACUCUGUGGAGAAUGUCUUGGAAUAGUUUGUCACUCUGUGGAGAAUGGGCUUAUAAAUAAUUUGUAUGUAAUAAACUGUAAAAUAAAAAUUCUUUAUGUGAA